AGACCAAACAUCAUCCUGGUCUUAACAGACGAUCAGGAUUUACACAUGCAAUCCGUGGAUUAUAUGCCAUUGCUUAAGAAGCAUGUCAUUGACCGCGGGACCUUUUACAAACGCCAUUACUGUUCUACUGCAAUUUGCUGUCCAUCACGUGUUACGUUAUGGACAGGAAGGAAUGCACACAACACGAACGUUACAGAUGUCUUUCCUCCAUACGGUGGCUACCCAAAGUUUGUGGCCCAGGGAUUCAAUGAAAAGUACCUCCCUGUAUGGCUUCAGGAAUCUGGUUACAGCACCUAUUAUACCGGGAAGCUUUUCAAUGCUCAUACGAUCACGAACUGGAACUCACCACGCCCCGCUGGCUGGACAUCCUCGGAUUUCCUACUUGAUCCUCAUACCUAUGAUUAUCUCAACGCAACGUUUCAAAGGAACCAGGAGCCCCCAGUCAGUUACGAAGGUCAUUAUUCAACAGAUGUCCUAGCUGAAAAGGCCUACGGACUACUUGAAGAAGGAGUGCAUUCAAAGAAGCCUUUUUUCUUGACAGUUGCCCCAGUGGCGCCUCAUUCAAACGUGAAUCCUAAUACACUUGAGUAUUCUGAGAGUGGUGGUGAUCCGUUAGGGGAUAUACAUAUGACAGCACCAAUUCCUGCCGAGAGACACAAACAUCUAUUUCCUGAUGCGAAAGUUCCAAGAACAGCGAAUUUCAAUCCAGACAGUCCCGGAGGAGCUUCCUGGAUCAAACAUCUCACAAAGCUUACAGACGAAGUCAUCACGUACAAUGACGAAUUCUACCGUGCUCGUCUCCAGGCCCUACAAGCAGUCGACGAAUUAAUCGAAGGUCUUGUAACUCGUCUUUCGGAUUACGGAAUUCUGGACAACACAUAUAUCAUCUACACCACUGACAAUGGCUACCACAUCUCUCAACAUCGCCUAAACCCUGGAAAGGAAUGUGGAUUUGAAGAAGAUAUCAACGUUCCUCUGAUAAUCAAAGGGCCUGGCGUGCCUGUCGGGGAAGCGAGUAUUGUGACCGCUCAUACUGAUCUAGCCCCUACCAUUUUAAAGAUUGCAGGUGGUGACUGGAAAAGGGAUGAUUUCGAUGGGAGUCCGAUCCCUCUAGAUGAGAAUCGCAUUCUGGAGGAGGAGACAACACGGCAGGAACAUGUAAAUGUCGAGUUUUGGGGGAGAGGUAUUCCCGAGGGGAUUCACGGGUUUUCGUUGGACGAUGGGAAAGUUGUGGCAUAUGGCAGUAACAACACCUACAAAGCUCUCCGACUGAUAGGAAAGAACUACAAUAUCUACUACUCAGUCUGGUGUACCAACGAACAUGAACUUUACGAUUUAACUACCGAUCCUUACCAAUUGCACAAUAUCCAUCCAUCCGCAGCGCCCUUUACCUCUCCUACGCACAUGCAUCUUAUCCUUGGCCUCCCCCUCUCCAAGGUCCUCCCGCGCCUAGAUGCUCUCCUCAUGGUAACCAAAUCCUGCAAAGGACGCACAUGCACCGAUCCCUGGUCCGUCAUCCACCCCGCGGGCGAUGUGAGGACAUUAGCAGAAGCGUUAGAUCAGAGGUUCGAUGCGUUCUAUUUGGGCUAUGUGAGGGAGAGAGUGAGGUUUGAGAAGUGCGAACUGGGAUAUAUCUUGGAGAGCGAGGGACCGCAGGAGGUUAUUGCUUUUGAGGAGGGGAGGGAGUAUGUUGGUCAUACUACUGAGGGUCAAACUUGAGCUGCACUAUACCAUAGUAGAGAAUUACUCAUUAUAGUGUACACUGCCGACUCCCCUAUCUCG